AUGGCCGACCGGAACACCCUUCGUCGAGGGGCCGAGACACCCAACCCGAUGACCGACGAGGUCGCCAAGGACCUCACAGAGCGCUGGCGGCAGAAGCUCAGCACCACGCGGAUGAACGAGCUGCAGUCUCGGUCGAGCUCUCCAGCGCCCAGGGGAUUCGCAUCGCAGACGCCGCACAGUGCUCCACCGCCGUCGUACUCGUCGCUCCGGAACAUCCCCCUCGUGCCGAUGCCUCCUCAGGACCACAAACAACUGCGCUUCAAGAACCUGAUGCACUCUCUCUCCAACAUGCCGUGCCGGUGGGAGAAUCCUGGACUGCUUGACGAAGCGCUCAAAGCCAUCCCGCUGGAGCAGAUCUACAACGAGGCCGAGGAGGAGAGCCAGAUCUUCAAGGCCGAAGCAGAGAGCCUGGGGACCGGCAAGAAGCCUGCGUGGGGCUACCAGGACUGUGUCGUGCGAGCACUGCUGCGGUGGUUCAAGCGCAGCUUCUUCACCUGGGUCAACAACCCGCCGUGCUCGCAGUGCUACUCACCGACCAUCGCCUACGGCAUGGCUGCACCUCUUCCCGACGAGCGCGCCCGUAGCGCAACCCAGGUCGAGCUGUACAAGUGCUCGGUUGAGGAGUGCGGCUGCUACGAGCGUUUCCCACGCUACAAUGACGCCUUCGUCCUGCUGCAGACCAGGAAAGGUCGGUGCGGCGAGUGGGCCAAUUGCUUCAGCAUGCUGUGUCGCGCCGUAGGCUCACGCGUCCGCUGGGUGUGGAACAGCGAAGACCACGUCUGGACGGAGGUGUACUCCGUGCACAGGAAGCGCUGGAUCCACGUCGACUCGUGCGAGGAGGCGUGGGACAGGCCGCGACUUUACACUGAAGGCUGGGGCAAGAAGAUCGCCUACUGCGUUGCCUUCUCCGCCGACGGCGCGACUGACGUGACGCGCCGCUACGUGCGCAACAUCCUCAAGUACGGCCUCGAGCGCACUCGCGUCCCGGAGGCAGUGCUACACUACAUCAUCGCCGAGAUCCGGGCCAACCGCCGCGCCAACAUGUCAAAACAGGACAAGUUCCGCCUGCAGGGCGAAGACAUGCGUGAGGAGCGAGAGCUCAGAUACAACUAUAUCACGGCUAUCGCGCAGGAGAUCUGCAAAAUCAAUCCUGAGGAUAUCCUGAAGCCUGGCAACGGAGCGGGUAAUCGCCGCGCUGAUCCGGACGCGCAGAAGGCGGCCGAAGGACGGCAGAGCGGAGAGGCGGAGUGGAUUAGGAGGAGAGGGGAGGGCGGCCGGGGCACGCCGGGCCACCAGAAUGAGAACCCGCCGGACCUGCCGCCGCGGUGA